AUGGCGCCCAAGCCGUCGGUUCGGGGCGAGUAUAUCGAAACAGAAACGGGCAACAAGAUCAGUCGGCGAGCCAGCGUCCUGGGUCCGCGCCACAUCAUCCUCGCCGGGAAAUGCGUGAUUCAGCACGACGUCGUGAUCCACGGGGACCUCGUUCGACCUGCGCAGCCCAAGCCUCCUUCCUCUCAACAACAACAACCGCAGCAGCCGGCGCCGGCGCCGGGGGGUGACCAGAAGUCAUCGUCGGCGACAACAACAACGCAAGAUCAAACCUCGAUCCACCUGGGCCGCUACGUCUUCAUCAGCCCCGGCUGCACGCUGCACCCGCCUUCGCGGCUCACGACCGUGGCCAACCCCAACAGCGGAGAACCGCAACAGACCAUGACCUACUUCAUGCUCCGGAUCUCCGACUACGUCUACAUCGGCCCCAACACGCACGUCCGCGCCGCCGAGAUCCGGAGCAACGUCUGGAUCGGCGCCAACUGCACCAUCGGGAACAUGGUCAUGAUCAAGGACAACGUCAAGAUCCUCGAUGGCACGGUGCUGCCCGCGAAUACCGUCUGGGCUGGCGGCACGGUCAUCGCGGGUCGGCCGGGCAGAGUCGUCGGAGAGAUCGGUGAAGGCUGGGCGGCCGGUGGGAGCAGCGGUGCCGGCUCGACCGUGGAUGAAGGCGUCGGGGUCAAGAGUCGAGAGAGAUGGGCCGCCGUGGGGAAUAAGAGGUGA